AUGAAUUUUGAAGUUCGUGAUAAUCUUGGUGACUACAAGGGAACUGUACAUCCUUACAAGAUUAAUUUCAUGUUUACUACAUGGGUGAAGCCCUCAACUGAGAUCCCAAGAAUAUCUCGGUUCAAUUUUUAUCCUUUUUCAGAGAUUUCAACGCUAUCUAAUGUCGACGACGCAUUCUUUGAUAUUAUUGGAGAAAUUGUUGCUAUGAGUCAGAUUACUCACAAAGAUUGUUUUGGACAACAGUCUAAGUUGUUGGAUAUUCAACUAAGAGAUCUAAGUGGUACUCUCAUGGACUAUACUUUAUGGGAGAAUCACGCUGAAGAUGUACAUUCUUACGUUACCAAAAAACCUGCAGGUCCUAUAAUACUACUUGGGAGUCUAAUGAGGACCACAAAAUUUAAUGGUAAGAAACUCAAUCUUAUUACUCAUUUAUAA